AUGGCGUACCCGACUGUUUCGGUCGCUCAGGUCGAACAAGUGAUAUCCCAACUUUAUGGUGGUGCCAACGCGCAGUUUCAAAAGUCAGCGCAAGAAUACAUACAGAACUUUCAAAAGCAGGAAUACGCAUGGGAAUUAGCUUCUCAAUUAUUAGCAUCACAGUCAAUCAACUCGCAAUUCAUUGGAGCUCAUACUUUUCAAGUCAAAAUCUCUCGAGACUGGAACACUUUGACCGUGGAGAAAAAGAGAUGGCUUCGUACCGAACUUCUUGGAUGGAUCGUGCGACUAUCUAAUGGCCCCGGCAUGGUUAUAACAAAGUUGUGCCUAUCUCUUACGGCUUAUGCCCUACAAGCUGUACCGGAUAUAUGGUCGAAUUUCAUAAUGGAUUUUUUCGAGACACUGCACUCGGCUUCAAUUCAAAAUUCUGGUCAACCAAUGUUCGUGGAAUUGCCUGUUCUGGAAUUUCUAACCGUUGUUCCCGAGGAGGUGUUGAGAGCAGACCUUGUUGGGGAGCGAAAGGCUAAAGUCAACCAAGAACUUAUUGAUGCAACUCCGAGAGUACUUUCAACCCUAAAAUCAUUGCUGUCGAGCCAUCAAGCCCACCAAGAACGAGAUGUUCAAAUAAAGCAAAAAUCCUUAAAGUGCCUACAAAGUUGGAUAUUAUAUGGUGUUCCAUUUGAAUCCCUGUACCCUCUGAUCGAUGACGUUAUAAACCUUUUUCCAAUUGAAUCUACAAAUGAUCAGGCAACCGAGGUUCUCGUGGAAUUUCUUUCACAACCUCGAAUCACCUCGUAUCAGAAUACCGUAUGCGGAAAGAUGCUCGAUUGUCUGACUAGCGAAUGGGCGAAAACACAAAUAAUGACAGCUGUCAACGAUUCAAAUGAGGCGCCGGCAAGAAAUCUUUGUCGUUUGUUAACCACAUUCGGUGACAGUUUUUCCGACUACAUUGCCAUUCAUUUCCUGAGACAAGAUGUUAUGGUCUACCUUGAAAUGAUGUUAAUCGAAAUGCCUUUGCAAUUUUGGUAUUUGCUACACGAGUCCUUGGUUGAUUCCGACGUGAUUCCGGUAAAUGGUGGUGAUGAUAGUGAUGGUGCGUCUUCUUCGAUCACGCUUCAAGAGGCUCAAAAAAUACGUGAAACAUCAAUCGUAGUCUUUCGAAGGCUAUCGGAAAUUCUGAGAAGCAAAGUGCAAUAUCCUCCAGAUGACGAAUGGUCGGAAUGGCUGAAAGACGUCAAGGAGAGAUUCAAGAUUUACAGAAGGGAUGUUGGAGACACACUAAUGAAUUCGUAUUAUAUAUUGCGAAAUCAAAUGUUGGCUUUUCUUGUGGACUUAGCGGCCAUGCAAUUAAACGCUCCGGGAAGAGACCCAAGUCUAUGGCAGGAUUUGGAAUCCACGUUGUUCUGCUUAAAUUCAAUAGCAGAGGCUGUCGAUUAUAAAGAGAAUGUCUUUUUGCCUCGUUUGUUUGGUCCCGAUGUGUUUGAGAAAUUACCGACCCAAGGAAAUUAUCGUUUGAGGAAUACAGCGUUGUCUCUGAUCGGCUCUUACGCGGAAUGGCUUAAAAAUCAUCCAAGACAAAUAUUGUUCGCAUUGAAUUAUAUUGUGCCCGCCUUGGGUGAUUCGGAGACAGCUUUUACGGCUUCCUUGUCGUUUAAAGAAGUAUGCGAUAUUUGCCGGGAUUCCCUGGUAAAUGACAUAGAUGGCCUUAUGCAUAUUUACGUGGUGGUGGGGCCUCACAUUCAACCUAGGGAAAAACAAAAGGUCAUCGAAUCAAUAGCGGAUGUUAUUCAAAAAUUACCACCGGAAAAAAUGAUAGCUCCGCUAUCGGUUAUCACAGAUCAAAUUAUCCAGACACUACGCGAAGUUAUAAUGUUGGGAAAACAGGUUCUUGUUGCAGUCAAAUCUCCAUCAGAGACGGUAAUCACUCACCUCGAGUAUCUGACCUGUUGUUGUCGUGGUAUCCAACCACCAGACGAUGAGGUAAUUACCCUAGAUGAAAAUGAGCGGGAUUCUCAAAAUGGGGAGAUUUCGAUAUCACAAUCGAGACUUUCUGGUGCUUUAUCAGAUAUUUCGAAUAUUGUCGCUGAAACAUGGGAUCAAGACGACGAAGUAAUUGAGUUUAUCAACACCGGGGUUCGCACCACUGCGAAUCUGCUCUCUAUUCCAUUUGAAGUGAUCAUUUCAAUAGUACAAAUCUCUUAUCUAAGAAGUCCACAUUCCUGCCUGUUAGAUACUGCCGCUCAAGUUGUCACGGUAUUCGGAUCUAAUAAUAGAUACAGCAAUGAUCUGAGAAAUAUGUUGGGCGAGAUUACAACGAUCACCAUACAGCAAUAUGUGAGAAAUCAAUCAGUCAUGGAACAAUAUCCUGAUCUAUUCCUUCAAAAAUGCCCGAUACUGUUAUAUACUUUACCCUCGGAGUUAUUCAGUAACAUAAUGAAAUUUUCCAUAGCAGGAUUAGGUCUGCAAGAAAGGCUGGCACUAAAAUCCGCGGUGGCCUUUAUGAGCGAGUUUGUAGGUCAACAUUACGAGGAUGAGCGAUUGUCAAAAGGAAUCGAGAGCGUCAUAAUGACGUACGGCAUGGAAAUUAUGAGAGAAUUGAUCUCCGGCAUUGGCGGAAGAUUGCCAAGAUCAUUCGUGAUUUCAUUGUCACACGUCCUAUAUAAAAUGACCGGUCGUUACAUAGAGGCUAGCCGAGAGUGGCUUAAUUUGUUGUUAACUCAGCCUGUUUUUGUGUUCGAUGGUGGCGCCCCGGAACUGAAACGAACAACUUUGAAAGAAAGACGCAGGAGACGUGUUGGAAAAACAAACGAUUUGCAAAAGACAGCAGAAAAAAUCUUGGCUGCUCAAUUGAAAAUUCGAGCAAUGCGUGAUAUUGAGGGAUCAAAGUCCAUUAAAGUCCAAGGAGACUCAAACGAGAAAGUUACGCCCGAUGAUGACACCUCAUAUUACGAUGAGAUAAAAUUGAAUCCUCAACGUAGAAAGAAGGAUGAAUACGAUUUACCGCCUAUUCCAGGAAGCAUAGAUUCCAUGACAACGGAAGAUGACCCUCGAUUAGCGACAGCGGAUGAUCUUAGAAGGUAUAUCAAAAAAUAUAAACCCGAUAACAUCGACACGCAUUCCGAAGCAUUUCAAUCGCUCCCCCUAGAGGUACAGUACGAGGUUGUCGGUGAACUUCGACUUAAAACUAAACUUUACACCGCAAUGGACUUUUCAAAGCUACAGAUAAAAAAUCUUGUUCGCAGAAAUGAAUUGACACAAAAAAUGUUGGACGUCACAAAUAACGCAAAAAAUAUCAAAUCAUCGCGAAUAGCGUCAGAACGCAACCGGGAAUAUGUUUUGAUGAAAAACGAAGGUACCGGAUAUACGAUGAUGACUAACCAAGGUUCACCAUUUAAUUACACGGGUAGCAAAGGGUUGGGCACUUUAGAAGAACCUUUGAAUUUGAUUGAUAGUUCAGAAUCCGAGGAUGAAUCCGAGCUUGAAACAGAUGGAGAAGAAAGCGAAGUUGAAGAGGUUAUGUUAAAUCCGGAGGACGUGAAUAACAAACCAUCGUCUCCCCAAUCAUACAUUGAUAAACAAGAAGACGACUUCAGCACAAACGAUGUUGAUGCGGGAAAUUUGAUGUUAAAUUCAGAUGCAUAUGUCGAUGACGAAGAGACAAUCGAUUCGGUAAUGGAAAAAUUUCAUACCUUGGAAUCAAAAAAGAGAAGUGCAUCUCUGAUCUAUAUUUCUGAUGAUGAUAUGAUGACUGGAGAACCAAAUAUGGAUAUUGACGAUGUUAAUGAAUCUUUUGAGUCUUCUGAGCCAGAAUUAUUCUACGCUCUUUGGCUUUCGCAAGCUGUCCCCGAGUUUAAAAAUGAAUACGAGAACCAUGAGGACAUGAUGCAGAAAGCUAUAUUUGAAUGGGAUGAAAGUGAAAUUCAAGAACAAGACACUUUGGCAUUAAAAAAGUUGGGAAAGAUAAGGGAAGGUGAUGAUAAGAAGGAAGCGGCCUUAAAUUUCUGGCUGAAAUUUUUGCGAGCUGCCAUUCAAUUUAGAAAACCCUUUGAACCUCCCAAUCAAGAGAGCGAUGCGGAUUCCACUCUCGAAUAUUCGGAUAGACCUACUUCAAAAGCACAGUAUAGAAGGUAUAGUGUUUCCUCCGGAAGCGCUUCAGAGUCGGGGUCUGGAUCCUCGAAUUCAGAUGACAUUGAGGUAUACGAGAAAGGUGAAUUAAAUCUUCAAGAACCUCCGCAAUUCAUUAUCUCAAAAGUGUGUCGUGAGGUUAAAUUGAGGAAUAUUAAUUUUGACUCUAUGAUCCUACCUCAACAUUUUGAUCGCUACCUGCCAGAUAGUAAUAAAACUUGUUCAUCAAUAUAUGCGACAUAUUACUCGGAAAGACUGCCUGGUUAUUUUAUAACAGAAGGCAUGGUUUCAAAAGAUUAUUCCAAUACUUUGGAUCAAGAUGAAUCUCUUUGUUCAUCUGACAAAAAUACGUUAGGAAAAAGUAAAGAUUUGUUGAAUAGCGAGAGAGAUUCCAAUCGUCUUGGUCAUUCGGAUCACCCAAAUGUGAUCAAUUGUGAAGCUAUCCAAAUGAUUGCAUCACACAUAGGAAAAUCCGAAAAGUCCUCGUCCGAAAUAGAAAUCUCGUAUUUGGAGAAUAGUUCAGAAUCAAAUGAAGAUUUUGUUGAAAGAAUACUACCGGUGGACAUUAACGCAGGUGAAAAAAUGGAACCAGACGCGAAUGAUUUCGAUCCUAGAAUUCGUUCGGAAUCCUCGCAAGUUGCCGAAUCGUUUCGUGGCUUGAAUUUUAGAGAUGAAAAUUCUAAUCCAUCAUCAUCC